GAGGAAGCGAGCAUGAGCUCCGAACGUCGUUUGUCGCAGUCAUAUACGAGCCCACCGCCAUACACGAGCCCGCCUCCGGCCUCCCAAUCUCCGGAUUCUCUUCAACAAUUCCAUUCGGACGAGUGGUUGAAGCAAUGGGAGACAGUUCUAGCAAGAGACCUAAUGGAGGCGGCAAUAGCCAAGAUAGACGCUAACGCUUCGGUCGAGGAAGCUUGCGAUAGACUACUUUCCUCUAACCUUCCCUGUCUUGUGGUCGAAUCGUCCGACCCGUCAGAUCCGUUCUCCGGUCUCUUCGACUUCUCCGACGUCAACGCAUUCCUGACAAUUGCUGCGACAAACCAUACGUAUACCCAGGAGGAGCUGCAUGCAUCUCCCCGUGUGGAGAAGGUCGUGAACGCCGCGCGUGCAGGCUCCGUGCCUGUGAGGCUGGUCAGCAAUAUAUCCGAGAAGAACCCACUCGAAGUGGUUGCUUAUGACGCAAAUAUCGUGGACCUCCUCCAGGUAUUUUCUCGUGGCGCGCACCGCGUAUUCGUCAGAUCCGAAGAUUGGUCCGAUUUCGCAGGCAUGGUCUCCGAUGGUCGCCUGCUCUCUUGGUUACAGGACUUUGCCUCGAAAACACGAGCGCUUGAGCCCUUCAUGGCAUGCCCACUCAGGGGGCUGCCUCUCACCUCGUUGCACAUGUUCGACGCCAUAAUCCACUGCAAGACGACGGAUGUCGUCCUCGACGCGAUGAAGCUCAUGAGCGAGGAAGGCGUGUCGAGCGUCGCUGUCAUUGACGACCUGGAGAGGAAAGCGCUGCACAGCGCGAUUAGCGUGACCGACAUCGGCAAGAUUAUCGUCCCCGCGGGCUCCAAUCAAGCCCUAUCAAUGCCCAUCCACGAGUUCAUCAAGCUUGCGAGAGAACCCUAUGGCGCAGAAGACGGCGAAGAGCGAUAUCCUGUGUACUCCGUCUCCUCGUCGAGCACACUCGACUUCGUUAUUCAGAAGCUCCUUGCCACGAACGCACAUCGCAUCUUCGUAGAAACUGGUGGCAUUCUUCACGGCUUGGUCUCGAUCGUCGACGUCUUAUCCCUCUUCGCCCAUUUGGCAAAGCUGCCGAACGUGGAUCCGACAACGAUGAAGCGACAGCGGCGCGCAUCAUCAGUAUCCAGUGGGUCACGAUCCGGCAGUCGAGCAGGAAGAAGCCCCUUGAUGUAGCACUUCUUCCUGAUGAUAAUAAUUGGUCUGGAAUAGGGCGGCGGGGCUGCCAGUGGGAGGAAGGACUCGGUAAUACGAUGGAUUGGAUGAUAGAACGAGGGUAUUCAUACGAGGAAGAAGAAUAGCUCAAUGUACAACAAUAUGCUGCAGCGUACUUCCAUGGGAAUAAUGCGAACGGGAUCCCUCUGACGCCACAGAAGCCUUUGGCGCCAAAGCCGC